CAACUCUUUCUUCCUUUCUCUUUACUUUCUGUUCUUUAUCAACUUCUUUUAUUUUCUUUCUUAUUUAAUAUAUACUUUUUGCUUAUUCUUUUCUCAUAAGUCAUUUAGAGGAAGAAUAUAAAAAAGGAAUACAAAAAAAUAGUUAGAAACUUUUAGUUGCUAAAACAACAACAUAUCGAAAAAUGUCGGAGGAUCUUUUCAAUGUCCCGAUUUUCUUCAUCGUCUUUCGUGAGACGACCGAAGCUGCCAUCAUUGUCUCUGUCUUGCUCUCAUUCUUGAGAAAGGUCUUUGAGCCCGGAACCGCUGUCUACAAGAAACUUCGCAACCAAGUCUGGAUCGGAAGUGCUAUUGGUCUAUUUAUUUGUAUAUGUAUUGGUGCUGCCUUCAUUGCUGUCUGGUACACCGUCCUUAACGAUCUCUGGGGUUCAUCCGAAGAGAUUUGGGAAGGUGUUUUCUCUCUUAUUGCUGGACUUAUGAUUACCGCCAUGGGCUUGGCCAUGUUGAGAACCGAACGCAUGCAGGAAAAGUGGAAGGUUAAGCUCGCAAUUGCCAUGGAAGCCGAACAGAAGAAAAAGGGUGCCCGUGCGUGGCUUCAGCGUUACUCUUUCUUCUUCUUGCCAUUCAUUACCCUUCUCAGAGAAGGUCUCGAAGCUGUUAUUUUCAUCGGUGGUGUUGCUCUUGAUGUAAAGGCAAAGUCUAUUCCUAUUGCUGUCAUUAUGGGUCUCAUUUGCGGUUGUCUCGUUGGUGUAAUCAUCUACCGUGGUGGCUCGCUCCUCAAGCUCCGUUGGUUCUUCGUCGUCUCUACUAUCAUCCUUUACUUGGUCGCUGCCGGUCUGAUGGCCAAGUGCGUCGGUUACUUCGAGCAGUACGCCUGGAACAAGGUUAUCGGUGGUGAGGGUGGUGACACCAUUGCUUACAAGGUCACAACUGCUGUCUGGCACGUCUCCUGGGGAGACCCAGAGUACAACGCUGGUGAGAACGGUGGUUACCAGAUCUUCAACGCUAUCUUGGGCUGGAACAACACUGCUACCAUUGGUACCAUCAUCAUGUACUGUCUCUACUGGAUCUUUGUUGCCGGUGCCCUCGUCUUCAUGCACUUCAAGGAGAAGCGUGAUGCCAUUCUCAGAGUCGAGCGCGGUGAAUGGAACGAUGGUGAUGAAGCCCUCGAAAACGCCAGAAACUAUGUCGGUUCCGAUGGUGUUAUUAUUGGCAAGAACCAGGAUGAUCUUGAAGGUCAUGUCCAGCACGAGAAGAUUGAGACCACCACAAUCAAGGCUUAAAAAUCCUUGCCUAAAAGCAAACAACAAAAAAAAAGUAAUUAGUCUUUUUUAACUAUUACUACUACUAUUAUUAUUAUUUACUAUUAUUAUUAUUAUUAUUAUUUCAUAUAUUUCUCCCGCGACCCUCUUCUUUAUCUCUCUCUCUCUCUCUAUCUUUCAUCACUCAUACAAUGUUGUUUCAUUAUAUAUUCUCUCCCUUUACUUAAUACUCUAUUCGCAGCCUUGGCUUGUUGGUCUGGGUGCUCUACGAUAAAAGUUUUUGCUACCUUUAUUACUCGAGUCUCGACUGUAUAUAAUAUAUAUUCUCUCUCUCAAUAUCUCUCUGUCUGUUUGUCUCUCUGUCUGAGUACUACUUCUUUAAGAAUGAUCCUAAUAGUCAGCAUAUUUUUGAGUCCUUUAUUCUCUAUAUCUCUUAUACUUUGUUUAUUUAUUUAAAUAAUAAUUAUAAUAAAUAUUUAUUCCAUUUUUAAAUAU